GACAGCACAGAUGCAGUGCCGGAUUUAGGGAGGAGUCCGUGAAGGCACCACGGUUAGAGGAAGCAGGCUGCAGCAACAAAGCUACCGAGGAGCGCUACAACAACGGGCUGCUCCCAGCUCCACUGCGCCGCCCGAUGUGUGCUCUUGUGUGCCUCAACCCGGCAACAUGAUGUUUGCUGUUGAGAAGACACUGGACAAAAACCUCCACAACCCCACAGCUCUUUUAAGUUGACAGGACCUUCCCCAAUUUCCUUUGUCCAAUGGAAGCCAGGGGACGCAGCCAGCGAUGGAAGAUGCACCUCCCAGAGUUUAAACACAGCAGGACAUGCCCAAAUCCAGACAAAAGUGUUACUAUGGCGCCCACCUCCAGGUAUCUGACGGACAGACAGUAUGUAAUGAGAAAGCCUCUGUUCUCUGCAGAACAACACACGUCUAUCUUAAAGAAGACACACCCACAGAAGCACACAGAGAAGGAGCGACAGCUGGGUGUUAGCAGAAGAGAACAAAGUCAGCAACACACUGAUAUGAACUUCUUGACAAGAGCGAGAGCGGAGCUGACCCCAGAGAGCUUCAGCCUCUCUCGCAAUGACAUCUCAUCUCCCUCGUCCUCUAGAGAAGAGCUCGGCUCACCCCUGGCUGUCUCAGAGCUCAGGACCACACUGUGCCGUGAAGAACCCACCUUUAGAUCACCUUCCCCUGGAUGCAGAUCAGCUCAGCGGAGCCUCUCAAGCUCCAUCCUGGAGGUCCAAAGACUGAACCCUCCUUUGAGGCCACGACUGACCUCCACUGUCCUGUAUCCUACCUACACCCCUCGCUCAGGCCAGACGCAGUUCAGGCUUGGUGGGAGGGAUAGGGGAGGUGGGGGAGAGAAAAAAACAUGCUCUUCUGGAGGACACUCAGUGUCUCCCUAUCAGGUGAACUACUGGGCCUGUGCCAUCCCUAAAUCUUUGCCUCCAUCUCCAGACAGACACUCUGCAGGCUGGGACCCAAACAGGGAGUACCAGGACCUGCUGGAUUACACCUACCCUCUGAGACCGGGACAGGUGGUCACUGAGUGGGGCAGCUCCGAGCUCCAGGGAGAGUCUCUCCUCCAAACAGAUCCAAACUUGCAGGACUCAGGGAUCGAACUGGACCACAUUUGUAGCUCCACCAGCCUGUCAGGGUUGGGCUUUACUGUGAGUGGCACAGGGCAGACCAGAGAACGAAGCACUCUAAGCGCGGGCCAUAGGUCACCUAACCUGCAGGCGUUCUCUAAAUCCUCAGAUGGUCUUCCCUCCAGUACCCAGCUCUCCUUAACAGACCCUGUGGGUUUGUCCUUGGACAGUCUAGACUCCAGUAAGGACAGAGAUGGAAUGAAUCAUUACAAGAGUGAUGGUCACCAUCAUCAGCGCCAUGCACUGUCCUCCUGCACCUCCGCUGCUUACAUUCGCUCCACCAGUGUUCUUCCACUGUCCAGGUGUGUGUGUGGGGAGGUGGACGAGGAGUUCUGGCCUCUUCCGGAGCAGCUGGAGGAGCUGCAGCUGCUGUCCAGACAGGUGCGGGAGGUGACGGCCCAGCUGAGCCAGCCUGUCACAGCCAGCUGGGAGUCUCUGGGGCCAGGCACCACCUCCAUCCUGUCCUCCAUCACCCUGCCUGAGAAACAGGAGGCUGAAGCCAAAGAGCCGCAGGCCAACAAUGAAGACACAGACGAAGGAAGAGAUGAGACAGGCAGAGAGGGGAUCAGUGCUGCUCAGACGGCAGCUGAUCACUUUGAGGCAGUGAGGAGGAGUUCUAGAGCCUGGGUAGAGCCCAUUGGAGGGGCACUGAGUCAGUCCAGUCUCAGGGAGGUGGAGGCCUUGGUGGAGCAGCUGUGUGGCCUCACCCUGCCUGGCAGCCGUAGGAGCAGCCAGGAGAACCCGGAGCAAAGUGACUCCCUGAUGAAGCACAUCCAGGUCUUCUGUUCACAUCUGGAGCAGCUCAUCCAGCGGCUGUACACGGUAUCAGAGAAGAUGGAGCUGCUGGCCGCACCCACUGUGGACAUCGACAGUGUGAAGUCGUCUCUGGCUGAGUAUCAGAGUUUUCAGAGAGAGGUGAGCAGCCAUCAGCCCCUGACCUCCUCUGUUCUGCACAGCGGACAGCUCCUCCUCAGCUGCAUCAACACCACGUCUCCAUUCUUAAGAGAUGCCCUGCUGUUGAUUGAGAGGCAGUCUGGAGCUCUGGAGACACACACCGAACAUUUCUUCUCCUCCAUCCUGUCUGCCAUGGACAGCCUGACCCAGCCCAGUCUAGUCCAGCAGAGCAGAGAGGAGGACCCAGGCCCUGUGGGCUUCCAGGGGUCCACUGUAUGAACUGUCUGCAGGACGCAUCUGUGCACAAGCAUAUGGUUUCUCUCACUUAUUUAUUAGUUUUCUUCCAAACAAUUAAUACAAGGUUCUUUGUCUUUUUGUAAUGGAGAGCAAGAUCUUCAGAGUUAGCAAAGAACUUUCAUUAAGGAAACAAUCAGGACCAAUUUAAACUGAACUGAUCACAUUGAAUAAUACAGGACCUCGAAGUGCUCCUAAAACCCUUUUCUAUAUUGUCUUAACAUUGCACUGCUUUUUCUACUCAUACAGACUUAACCCUCUUCGGGUCAGGCUUUCUAUCACUUGUAAUGUUUAAUGUUGAGUCUCAGGCCGACCUGAAAAGAAGUUACAGAGUGCUGCAGAAAUGAGUCCUUUAGGUUAGAUGUCUGAAAAUGAGGUUUGUGGUUAACAUAAACAUAAGAGAUUCUCAGUUUGUUCUACCAUAUAAGACAUAUCAGCGAGUAGCCCGCCUGUGAAUGCUGAAUCGUUUACGUCUCUUAAAAACGCUGGCUGCUAACAAGUGUCUAAAUGAGACUAGAGAGGUUGUCUGUGACAUUAAAACACAGAGACUGAUCUACUCAUUAGUCCGCCUUUACAGCCUCGCUACAGCUCUUGCAAACUGUUCUAACUCAAACUUUACAACUUGAAGAUUUCAUUACAAGUUGGAAGUUUAAUGCUGGUGAAGUAGCGUAGUUCAUUUAUAGCCUAAUGUUAGCUGUUUCCUUUUGCCCAUCACGUUUACGCUUCACAAAUCAUAAAAGUGGUGUUCAUUAGUGAAGAUGAUCUUGCUGAACAAAACAUGUAAGUAUAGUAAAUCCUGCAAUAAUCCAAAAUCCAGUGGAGAAAUCCGUUUGGCUCUGUGUCGAAGGAACAGGGUGAUGCUUAAUACGUCAUCCCUGCAGCACUCUAUAGAGUCCACAGAGCAACAGCUAGAACAUGUAGGCAGAAACUGUGUGUGUGCAACAGAAAUAACAAAAAGGAACAUUUCAAAGCCUUUUUAACAUUCCUUUUGUGAUUAUUCAAUAAUAACUCAUCAUUUAAAGGUCCAGUGUGUAACAUUCAGGAGGAUCUAUUUUCAGAAAUUUUCAUUAGUGUAUAAUCAUCUGAAUAUAGGAAUUGUUGUGUUUUCGUUACCUUAGAACUAGCCUUUUUUUUUUUUAUCUUCAGAUGCCAUGGGUCACCUUCCAUGGAGUCCACCAUGUUGAACCACCAUGUUUCUACAGUAGCCCAGAACAGACAAACCAAACACUGGCUCUAGAUAGGGCCUUUGACGACUUUAAAGUUUUGCGGUCACCAUAAUUUCUCUUCCCACUUCACAACCCGUUCUCAUUCCCAGGUUGUCAAAUACAGACACCAGUGGUAUUCAGUUGGUUGCAAUCUGCAAUUUCAACGCAAGAGGCCACUAAGUCCUACACACCGGUGCUUUAAAGACAAAAUAAGGACAUGAAAUUAAAGGUCCUGUAUCUUCCCGUCUGUUCUGGCAGUGAGCAGUGCCCACCCUCCUCCCCACGUCAAGACACUGAAAUUCUGCCGCAUGCCCUUGAGGACCGCCUCUUUGUGGAGUUCUCUCUCCUGAUUGGAUAAAGUGGGAACAGGAUACCAGAAAAUAUAUUCUCUGUUUACUGCAGAAAGGAGGGACUGGAAGAGCUAUGAUACCGACUAAACACUCUGUAUCAGUGAUGGAUGAUGGAAUAUAGAGCUAAUUAACACUUAUUUUAACCAAACAAAUAUCACUUAUGGCACCUUUUUAAUAAUUGACAAGUUGUAUUUAUCUGUGUUUAUGAAUGCAUAACAUACAAACAAAAUUGAACACGUUCUAAUAGCUUUUUUGAAAAUGGAUCAUUGUUGCAGUGGCACCCUCCUGUGAUGUCAGACUGUUCAAUCAGUGUUUGAGCACAUGAACAGCUCUAUGUGUCAUUUCAACAUGUCAGGUUUACAACUGUUUCUCUGAGCAGCAGAAGGGAAGUGGUCAGUAACAGUCUUACACCCUCUACUGUAAUGUAGGACACAGCCAUUUGCACUAUGAUCUUUUUCAUUUUUACAAUGACAGUUUCUCACAGGGAUCAAUAACUUUUCAACCCUUUCUUAUAGAAAGUAAUAACGUGUACAGGACAGGUGGUAACAUGUCCAACAUAACACACACAGCCUUCAAAUACAUUUUUGAUCUGUUCUUACUGAUGUCAAUGUUAACAAGUCUGUUAAAGGGUCAGUUUACCCAAAUUACAAGGCAGAUACUUUAUUUGUCCAGGUUUGGAUAUUUCUGCCUCCACCAUGUACAAUGCAGCUGAAUGGAAUUUAGUUUUUGGUGCUCACAGUACUGGAAAAUGAUCCACCAGAAUAUAUAUUUCCACAACCUGUGUACUAUUAUUGCCACUCUUCCUGUAAGACAUACUGAAGUCCGUAGAGACAACAAUGGACAAAUAGAACAUGGACAUCCACUAUAUAUAUAUAUAUAUAUAUAUAUAUAUAUAUAUCCACUUGAGGUUUUUGUCAUUUUUUGGUGAAUGUACCCUCUAAAACAGCCUUUAGAACCCAAAACAUCUCAAACUUGUCACUAUACUAUAAGUCAGUUAAAGGCAUUGAAUAAACCGGAUUGUUUAAACUCA